CGCAGAGUUGCUUAUUCAAUUGUGAACCUCUGAUGCUGGGGUGGCUCAGGCACCAAUGGAGGAGAAAAAGAAUAAGGAGAAAGAGUUGGCUCUUCAAUGGCCGGAGAAAGAACGAGGAAGGGGUUGAAAUGAAUAUGAAUGCUAUCCUAGAAGAGAUUCUGAUUAAAAGGUCUCAACAAAAGAAAAGGACAUCGCCUUUAAAUUACAAAGAGAGGCUCUUUGUGCUCACAAAAUCCAUGCUAGCCUAUUACGAAGGUCGUCCAGAGAAAAAGUACAGAAAAGGAUCGGUUGACAUUUCCAAAAUCAAAUGUGUUGAGACGGUGAAGAAUGAGGAUAUUGUUAUACCUUGUCAAAAUAAAUAUCCAUUUCAGGUUGUCUACGAUAGUAGCACCCUUUAUAUUUUUGCCCCCACUGCCUAUAGUAGGGAUCAGUGGGUGAGAAAUUUAAAAGAAGAAAUAAAGAGUAAUAAUAAUAUAAUGGUUAAGUAUCAUCCUAAAUUCUGGACAGAUGGAAUCUAUCAAUGUUGCCGGCAGACUGAAAAAAUGGCACCUGGCUGUGAAAAGUAUAAUCUCUUUGAAAAUGGAAUUAAAGCUCUACCUUCAUCAAUGACAGAUAAACAUAAGUUUCAGAGAAGGCCCCCACCUCCUGUUCCUCUAGAAGAAGAAGAGGAAGAAGAAGAAAUGGUAAUAGCUAUGUAUGACUUUGAGCCCACGGAAGUUCAUGAUUUGAGAUUAGAAAGAGGUCAAGAAUAUAUCAUAAUUGAAAAAAACGACAUCCAUUGGUGGAAAGCAAAAGAUAAAUACGGAAACCAAGGCUAUAUUCCAAGCAAUUACGUAACAGGAAAGAAGUCCAACAGUCUGGAGCAGUAUGAGUGGUACUGCAGAAAUCUGAACAGAAGUCAGGCGGAGCAACUUCUCAGAAAUGAGGAUAAAGAAGGGGGGUUUAUGGUGAGGGACUCCAGUCAACCAGGUUUAUAUACAGUAUCGCUUUAUGCAAAAUUUGGAGGAGAAGGCCUAUCUGGCAUAAGACACUACCAUAUAAAAGAAACAAUGACAUCACAGAAGCAAUAUUAUUUGGCGGAAAAGCAUCUGUUUGACUCUAUUCCAGAGUUAAUUGACUACCAUAAACACAACUCUGCAGGGCUUGUGACGAGGCUACGAUACCCAGUGACUCCAAAAGUGAAACCUUCACCAACUACUGCUGGAUUCAGCUACGAGAAAUGGGAAAUCAAUCCUGCAGAACUCACCUUUAUGCGAGAACUGGGCAGUGGUCUCUUUGGGGUAGUGCGGCUGGGCAAAUGGAGAGCCCAGUACAAAGUAGCCAUUAAGGCCAUCCGAGAAGGUGCCAUGUACGAAGAGGACUUUAUAGAAGAAGCUAAAGUGAUGAUGAAGUUGACCCAUCCGAAAUUAGUCCAGCUAUAUGGUGUUUGUACUCAGCAGAGACCUAUCUACAUAGUGACGGAGUUCAUGGAACAUGGUUGCCUUCUAAAUUAUCUUCGCCAAAGACGUGGACACUUCACUAAAGAUAACCUGCUGACUAUGUGUCAGGAUGUCUCUGAAGGAAUGGAAUAUCUGGAGAAAAAUAGCUUCAUUCACAGAGAUUUGGCUGCUAGAAACUGCUUAGUGAAUGAGUCGGGAGUGGUGAAGGUGUCUGAUUUUGGAAUGACAAGGUAUGUUCUUGAUGAUCAGUACACUAGCUCUUCAGGCGCUAAAUUUCCUGUGAAGUGGUGUCCGCCUGAAGUUUUCAAUUACAGCCGAUUCAGUAGCAAGUCUGACGUUUGGUCUUUUGGAGUUCUCAUGUGGGAAGUGUUUACAGAAGGGAAGAUGCCCUUUGAGACAAACACAAACUAUGAAGUGGUCACUAUGAUUACCCAAGGACAUCGGCUAUUUCGACCCAAGCUGGCUUCUAAGAAUAUUUUUGACUUGAUGGUAAUGUGCUGGCAUGAGAAACCAGAAGGACGUCCUACGUUUCAGGAUCUCCUGCAUAUGAUUGAAUGUAUAGCUGAAGACUCUUCGUCCUGACUAUAACCUUGGCAGGUGCAAGAAUUCACAAUAAGGACAUAACCAUUUCGGAGAUGCUGCUGGAUUCUUCCCAGAGACACAAUCCCGGAUGCUGCUUAGAAGGAAGACAAGGCAGUUGUGCAUAUUGCUCCUUUCUCUCUGGAAGAAGUUUUAUCAGCCUAUUUAAAGUCCAUUUGACUAUUCAAACAAUAUUGUUAUCAAGCGGACCACAGUGUGGUUUUCCCGAGGGGGAGAAAUGCCCAUUUGUAGCAGGAUAAAGCUACCGUACAACGUAACCCAAAUUCAGCACAAGCUUUUUAUAAGUCAGCCGUUGACUUGAAAGAACACUAUUUAAAGUGAUUGUCGUUUAUCGUCUUGCCCAUUGAAUGAGCCCUCCAGAUGUGUUUGGCCACAUCUCCUGUUCCAGCCAGCAGAGCUUCGGGUACACUGGGUUGGUCAUGGCUGCUGGUGAAUGUAGAGGUUAUAGGUAGAUGGAGAACUGAGGCCAUGAGUCUCCUACAGAACUUUAUAUACAAGACCUCAGUGGCUUGUCAGGAAAAUAUGGACAAAGAGAAAGAAGUACAGAAGUACCAGAUCUCCUUGACUAGAAGCUGCUCAAAGACCCCACCAGGCCCGAAACAGAUGUUAGGAAGAAGAUUAUCAAAAGACUUUCCAGUACUUGUGACUUGUUUAAGCAGUCACUAAUGAAAAAAAAAAUACCCUUUUGGUUUGAUUUGCUAUAUCCGUGAUGGCGAACCUAUGGCACGCGUGCCACAUGGAACCGCGUGCCACAUGGAACCAUGUGUUGCCCUAGCUCAGCUCCGGCCCGCACCGGCCAGCUGCUUUUCAGGCCUUCCAGGCCCACCAGAAGUCAGGAAACAGGCGGUUUCCAGCCUCCGGAGGGCCUCCAGGGGGGUGGGGAAGGCCCGUUUUUCGCUUUUCCCAGGUUCCUAGAAAGCCUCUGGAGCCUGGGAAGGGCGAAAAAUGGGCCUACUGGGCCCACUGUGCCAUCGUGUGCCAAAAGCGGGGAGAAAAGAAAAAUAUUAUUAAAGCCUCUUUAAAAUGUUUCAAUUUCUAGAAACCAGAAGGGCUCUUAUGAAACACGGCAUUCAUCAUAAAUGUAUUCUAAAUACCAUUUAUGGAUUGUAAAUAUGCAGCGCACAUAGGUUUUCGUAUGAAGGGAGAACGUAGUAUGUCCCUCACUAUUUAAAAGCACAACAUAUCAAUACUUUAUCAUAUGCUGCAUGUUCAGUUUGGCAUUCAGCAAAAAAGAGAACAAGCUCCCAACUUUAUUACAAACUGGAAAGGUUGGGUUUUUUUUUUUUAUCGGAUUAUUAUUUUGCUUUUACCAACUGCAAAGCAUGCUAUAUUGCCAGGGAAAUAAUGCAUAGCAAAACGUGUCUAAUAAAUGUUACUUCAUAUAAUCAAUAUGAAGUUGUGAUGAAAGGUUGAAUCACUGGUUUUCGUUUUUGGGUGGGCCUGUGGGGCAAAAUUAAACCUUCGCACUCAUUAUUAUUUUGAAUAUUUUUAUUUUUAUUUCUCAUAAACAUGUCUUAAAUGUACAGUCUUUUAUCCAUUGUUAAUCAUACAUAAUCUUUUAACUUUCAUAUUAGUUCAUUCUUCAUCCUAAAAAAUUUGAGUAUACUCGGGGUUGCUCUUGUACCAUUCCUACGCACAGUCACUCAAGCACUCGUCACUUCUCGUCUGGACUAUUGUAACGCUCUCUACAUGGGGCUCCCCUUGGGGUGCACCCGGAGGCUCCAACUGGUGCAGAAUGCGGCCGUGCGGGGGAUUAUGGGAGCGACAGGGCGCUCCCAUGUGACUCGUCUCCUGCGCGAGCUGCAUUGGCUUCCGGUGGACUUCCGGGUGCGCUUCAAGGUGUUGGUGAUCACCUUUAAAGCGCUCCAUGGCUUAGGGCCGGGGUACUUACGGGACCGUCUUCUGCCACCAAUUGCCUCCCACCGGCCAGUUCACUCCCACAGAGAGGGCCUCCUCAGGGUGCUGUCGGCCAGACAAUGUCGGCUGGUGACCCCCAGGGGGGGAGCCUUCUCUGUGGUGGCACCUACUCUCUGGAACAAUCUACCCCAGAGAUACGAGUGAUCCCAGACCUCCGGACUUUUCGUCGGGCCCUUAAAACCUACUUCUUUCAGUUAGCCGGGCUGUCCUGAUUUUAUGAUGGGUUUUUAAAAUUUGAAAUUGGUUUUAAAUUGAAAUGUUUUAAAUUAUGGGCCAAAUUAUUUAAUUAUUUUAAAUCUAUUUUAACUUUUGUGUAUAAAGUGUUUUACUUGGCUGUUCACCGCCCUGAGUCUGAAAGGAGAAGGGCGGUAUAGAAAUCUGAAAAAUAAAUAAAUAAAAUAAA